GAUGCCUAACUCUCUCUCCUUUCUUUUUGUAAAAUCGGAAAAGUCGGGAAAAUAGUGUCAUGCGGCUUUUAGAUUUAGGGGUUUUGGUUUUGAUUUUGAAAGUCGGGGAAGAAAGUCUUUGAUUUUCGAUUUUGAUGGAAAAAGGAAGAGCCAUCGCUUCGAUUACGAAUUCUUUGAACAAGUUGGAUUUGAUUUCCAAAUCCAAUCCCAGCCCCCAAAUCCCUCAAAUCCAAUCCUCCAGAACACAGCUUGAAAGGGCCAAGACUCCUCCGAGUUUACAAAGUUUGUGUAUCGGAAUCGUCGGCAGGCAUUUGGAGGAUAUCAUUCCCGACUUGGCCGAGAUUGCAUUUAACUUUCCGCCGGAUAUAAAGGUGGCACUGGUGGCAAUUGCCAGAAGAAGAAAGUUACUCGACGACGAUGUUAUUGUCUCUUUGGCUGAUCAUACAUGGAAAAGUCUUGACCUUUCGGCAUCAGAUGUUUCGGAUUUCGGGUUAGCAAAAGUGGCCGAGAUAUGUGGGUCACUUCAAGCUGUUGAUAUUAGCCGGUGUGACAAAAUCACUGCUGCUGGAGUUUCUGAACUUGUGCAGCGUUGCCAAUCAUUGGAGACUUUGAGAUGCGGAGGGAGCCCUAGGAGUGACCACACUGCACGCAGGUGCUUGGAUGUAUUUAAACCGAAGUUGAAUGAUGUAGAGGGAGAUUCCUGGGAAGAACUGAAUACUGCAGAAAUUGUGAAUGGUGCAGAGUCAUUGCGUUGGCUUGUAUGGCCAAAGAUUGAUAAUGAUUCUCUUGAGGGAUUUGCCACCGAAUGCCUGCGCAUUACAGUAAAUCCAAAGCCAUCACCCUUCGGAUUCAGUGGAACCCAAGUUCCCAAGGAGGCAUUCCCAGACAUCCAAUUGGAUGAUUCUGUUGUCAAGGAUAUUGAUCCCAAAACAUGGGCGGUGCGUGGUUUUACACCAAAGGCAAUACCUUCAUCUCUUUCCAGCCCCGAGGAGUUGUCUGUGGCUGAAAAGUUUAGACGUGCAUUUGAGGAAAGGGAUACUCGGUUAGCCCCCAAGAGAGCCAAAAAUGCAAGGCAGCAUCGGCGACGUGCGGAGAGAGACUGGGUGAUGACGGAUACUAGAGCAAAGGCGGUCGCUCUAGCCUCACGAGCGAGCAGAUCUCUACACAGUUGGAACUAGCACGUAUUGUUUGUUUGCAUUACCUUCAAAUGUACCAGGUUUUCGUCAACUUUGCUGCUAAAUGAAUGUGUUGUACUGUUCGUGUCUUAUGCACAUGCAACUAUUAUUUUGUUAGUUUAGGGUGGAUUAUUUUGG